AUGAGACCCAACGGGUCUCUUGACGCUCCCAUCGUCUUGGAUGACGAUGAACCGUCUAGCUAUGUACCUCGUACCACAGUACGGCGGCAGAAUCGUCAGACACUUGAACAAGAUGGCAUUGAGGAGGUAUCCUAUGCACGGGAAGCUGCAGCUGAAUGGAAGCUAGCUGCCGCGAAGAGACAAGCAAAACAAAGGAAUGCGAGGAAUCUGGGCAACGACAUGUCUGAGAGAGAUGGCAAUACAAGAGAUAGCAAUCUUGCAAAACAAGCGAGGGAAAAGACGUCGCCUGCAGAGCCUGCCGGCGUUGCUGACCUUGUAAUCAACGAAGAAGCGGCAGCAUUAGGAGGGAUAACGCAACACGAAGCAAGUAAUAGAGAUGAUCAACUUCCGGCAGAUACAACACAAAAGCCGAUAUCGCAAUCUAAUACGCAUCACGAAGCUGUGCUCCCCCAGCGAGCCAAGCCCCCUGGGCCUGCUCAACAAACCGGUCUGGACGAACCUUUUCUUAUGGAAUCCUCAUAUUUAGCUACCCCAGUGUAUCGCUCACCAUAUGGGCCCCAACCGCCAGUCACAAAGCUACCGGAACCAAGCGUGGUACUCUCUGGGGCUGCACAACCUCUUUCCUGGCCGUUGGACAUACUGGAAGCGAGGUCAGAUCGAAGCGCUACGGCACCUGCAAUCGCGAAAACCAACAGAAGUGUCAUUGAGCCUACGUACAGCACGAAUUCAACCCUCGCUACUUCGAGUGACGCGAUUGCGCCCGUUUUGAGCCAUGUUGAACCUCUACCUAUGGAGCCAAUCAGGGAUGUUGCCGAUAAUCACCGUGAACGGACCCUCCUCCCUAAUCGCGUAAACACGGCUUCUGUGCGCGACCACGCAGGACUGGAUGGCGACGACAACAACAUGGCAAUUCCAGUGACUGUGAAAGCACCUAGCCCGGGCGUGUCAGCAAUUCCGAAACUGCCACGGAACAAGAAAGCCAUCAAAUCAGUAAAACGGAGGAAUGGUGGAUUCUCCAAACCAAGUCUCCCUGUCAGGUUACCGCAUCACCUUCCGCGUAAUGAGAAAGAGACGCCAGAGGUUCUCUCAGAUCGUCCUGAUGCAGGCUUGAGCGACACGAGACUUGCGUCGCCUCUUAUAACGCGUCAAAGCCAGAGCAAAGAUCCACUAGGUGACAUUAACAUUGUCUUCGACACCGAUCCUGUUUAUGUUGAGCAAGAAUCCAUUCAAACUGAGAGACCCGAAGAACUCAACUUGAUUCUAAACCCACCGACAUUACUAUCUCAUCAGGAAACACGAGAAGUCGUACUAGAGCGUACCCUUAGCACUACCGUUCCGCUGUCUCGUGCCGCUACCCCUACUGUACAGCGUUCAGUUCAGGGGUCUGUAGAGUCAGGCGAAGCGUCUGGAGUAUUGCCGCCGGAUUCAGAUACUAUGCCAGCAAACACAUCUAAAGCAGCAUCGUUUGAAGUAAUACAGAGUGGUAAAGCACAACCCAAAAACACAGGGGGGCUUGGCAAACAUAGUGACGGUCAAGCAAGCACGGCUCUUCCGUUGCAGACAAACGUGCUUAUCACUACUCGCUCGGCUGUAGAAGAGUGUUUGAAGCGUCAUCUCGCGGAACGACAUGAAGAACACGCAUACCUGGUCUCGGUUAAGAUGUUGCGUCAAAGGACUUUCCAAGAGCAGGAGCUUCGCGCUCAAAGCCGCAAGCAGAAGCGUCCACCAAAAUCAACCUUACCACAGAGAUACAUACAGACCACUUCUCCUUUCCAGGACAUGUCUCCGAUACAAGUACCGUUCGACCGGAGCGCCAACACGAAACGUAUGUUAGAUAUGAGUCAGGAAGUUUACGUCAAAGCCAAACCCAAAGACACAGUAACUAAAUCUGGUUUGGCUGCGCCUCCAACAAAAUACAAAAGCGACGCACCUAUGAUACCUCCCUUUAAGGAGUACGUUAGUUUAAGGAACAACAUUCUCGCGGACAAUGAGUCAAAGCUGCUCGCAACACCCUACUUCCAGGACGAGGACUAUACCGGUCGCGAGAUCUUGUUAGAUACGCUUCCAUAUAUCUACGAGAUGACACAUGACGAAAAUGGCCCGUUGGACUUUCGCAAGGAGCAGUGUCGGUUCUAUAAAGACGCUAUAGAAGUCUUCCUGUCCGAGAUAGGCAUCGCGUGGAAUGACAUUUUGUAUUGGUUGCUAGCACCAGAACGAAAUAUCACCCGGAUCAACGAUUUAGCACCUGGCAGUAAAUACUUUGAAGCACAUGUGCUUGAGCGAUCGCGGUACGACAUUGAAGAGUUCGAGCGAGAUGGAGUACCAAAGAGAAACGUACUAUUCAAACGGAAUGAUAGGAAAUGGCGGGAGUUUUUGCCCCAGCUCAAAGAGCCUUCUACCAGUGCUCUGAGACUUGCGGCAACGGCUUGUGCAGCGGUUCUUCAAGAAUGCGAGUUUAGCAUCUGGUACCUUGCUCGACAAUCGGAAGCCGUUCAAAACCAUGUAGCGAAGAAGACUGCAUGUGGACAAGCUGCCAAGCAAUCCACUUAUAAGGAGAUGUUGUGCAGAGUUUGCCAUCAACAUAACUGCUUACUCCAUGGCGAAAUCAGACAAGCACCCGAAGACUCCUGGAAAACGGAUUCUGAGGAUGAGGAUCGCGCCACACAAGCGACUGACGACACUAGUCGACGAGGCUCUGAGACCAAAAGAACUCCUCGCCGCAUCUCGGCUUACGGCGGAGAUGAUACUGAAGACGAGCACGAAGAAGGCCCCUUGCCUGCACACUUUGACAACGAUUCUGAUAUCGAGAGGGUCAUCAACUACAAGUUGCCUGCAAACCCAGACGCCUUUAAUACUUGUCCGAAUUCCGAAAUGAUUGCAUCUAAGGGCGCAAAACCGCCUCCCGGUAAAUUUAAUGCAAACUGGUGGCUACAGCAAGAUAUGACACAGCAUUGGGAAAAGCGAAAGCCGUUCUUCCCAUACCUUUGCGGCGCUUGCGGAGCGUCUGAAGUCCUCGAUCCAGUGAACCGAUACAACGACGACGUGAUUGAACGCAACUGUUGCAAUGUUGCGAUCCAAAGAGGUGUUCCUCGGAAGACGUUGCUGGGCCACUCCGAAGUGCACGGUUUUGGACUCUACAUGGGCGAAGACAUCAAAAGCGGCGAUUACAUUGGCGAAUAUACCGGUGAAGCUAUCUCGGUCAAGGAAGGCGAUCGGCGAGUCACCAUAUACGACUACCAGAAAACGAUGUACCUGUUUCGGUUGAACUCAAAACAAGAAGUCGAUGCCACGUAUAUGGGAAACAAGCUACGCUUUAUCAACAAUGCCGACGAUAAGUACACAAAUUGUAGCCCUAAGAACCUGCUCUGCAACACAGUUUUCCGCAUUGCUCUCUUUGCAACCAGAGACAUAAAGGCAGGCACCGAGCUCUACUUCAACUAUAAUUAUCCCAAGGAGAAGACUGCGCAGUUCAAACAGCCGAAUGCUAAGGCCGUCGCAGUCAAGCAAACAAAACAAAAAACGAAGAAGAGGCAGUCACUUACCAGCAGUCAGCCCAUCGAGGAUCGCUCACGUGUCCUGGCCGCCACAGCAAAGGCCAGAGAAGCUAAAGCUGCCAAGCGCGCAGCGGCCCAAGCCAUGCUAGAAUCCAGUGAUGCGCAGGCUGCUACGAAAAGGCAUUCUGGAACACUCAAAGCACGGAAGGCAGCGACCGGUGAGCCUGGACGCAAGAUAGCGAAGAAAUCCAUGCGUGAAGCACUCAGCAGGGAUGACUCUACAUACACAGACACAGACACUGGCGUAGAUGCGGAAGCAGAAGCAAGCGACCCCGAGAUCCCCGCCGUCAUUGAGUCGCAGAGUACUCAGACUAGUCAGUAUGUUCAGGACACUGAAGAAGAUAACGACGAAUAUGUCUUGACUACGCAAGAGGAUGACGAAGAGGAAGAUGUAACUGAGCCGGCCUCUGAUAAUGAGCAGGCGAUUGUGCCAGACAGGGGUGUAGCCACGAGAACUCGUCGUGGGCCUGGCAGACCACGGAAGAGGAUUUCAGACUUGGCGCCGGUGAUUGCGGUGAAGGACAAGAAGACGAAAGCGAAGAUGGGCGGUGCACGACCGGGUGCUGGCAGAAAGAGAAAGCGACCUAUCAUUACUAACAGUGAUGAUGAGUAA